CGCUCUUAGCCAGGGCCGGGCUACUUCGUUUGCUUCGUUCAAGCUGAUUAUCUUCUGGCUGGACUCGUUAUUUUUUCAUUCCCGCCGGCCGGCUGUUGAUUUGGAAUUUUGAUACAAUCGUUUGGUCUGAACCUGUACACAUAGAGUUCGAUUCUAGUCGUGCAUCCGUUCGGAACAACAUCCGCAGCAGCUCAGUGCAACCACAGGCCGACAAGUGAAUUUUCAUCCAACCAGUGCAUACAUAACAAACUCAACAAUGGCAUCCAAGGUUCCGGUUGUAAAAUUGAACAACGGCAAGACAAUUCCCAUUCUUGGACUGGGAACGUGGGGAUCUCCUCCUGGUGAGGUGGCCCAAGCUGUGAAGGAUGCCAUCGAUAUCGGAUACCGGCACAUUGACUGCGCCCACGUGUACCAGAACGAACACGAGGUGGGAGAAGGUGUUGGCGCCAAGAUCAAGGAAGGUGUCGUCAAGCGGGAAGACCUGUUCAUAACGAGCAAACUAUGGAACACUUUCCACCGUCCGGAUUUGGUGGAGGGUGCCUGCCGAACGACCCUCAAGAACCUUGGCUUGGAGUACAUCGACCUGUAUCUCAUCCACUGGCCAAUGGCCUACAAAGAAGACGGACCGUUAUUCCCUACCGAUGAGGACGGUAAGACGGCCUAUUCCGAUGUUGAUUACGUCGAUACCUACAAAGCCAUGGAAAAGUUGGUUGGAUUGGGAUUGGUUAAGAGCAUUGGCAUCUCUAAUUUCAACUCGAAACAAGUUGAGCGAGUGCUGGCCGCUGCAACCAUCAAACCGGCCAUGAACCAGAUUGAAUGCCAUCCCUAUUUAAAUCAGAGCAAACUGUCGCCUUUCUGCGCCAGUCGCGACAUCGCCAUCACCGCUUACAGCCCACUGGGAUCGCCAAACCGUCCCUGGGCUAAGCCAGAUGAUCCCCAACUCAUGGAAGACCCCAAAAUUGUAUCGAUCGCUAAGAAAUACAACAAGACACCGGCCCAAAUUUUAAUUCGCUACCAGAUCCAGCGGGGACAUAUCGUAAUCCCGAAAUCAGUCACCAAGUCCCGCAUCCAGUCCAACUUCGAAGUGUUUGAUUUCGAACUAACCGAGGACGAUAUCAAACAUAUUAACUCAUUCGAUUGCAAUGGUCGACUGGUUCCUAUUACGAGUGCUGCUGGACACCCACAUCAUCCGUUCGAAAAGGAAGAGUUCUAAAAGUUGGUUUCAGCAAACCCAAGUCCAAUUCGAGCUGCACGGCAUUUGAAAAGUGGUAAGUUAUUCCGAUAUUUACGAUGUUUUGAUUUUAAAAUGUAAUAAACACUAAGAGUUAUUAUAUGCUACACUAAA